ACCAAAUCAAAUUUCUCUCUUCACGGCCUUUCCUCCUCGCCACACGAAGCUGUUACUAGAUGUCGUCAACUAGAAGUGAUGAAGCAGAACAUACGCGUUGCUACUUGACUAAAGUGUCCCCCUCUCCUCCUCAGACACCCACUUCGGAAACUGGAUCGAGAGGCGCACAGAACGAGGUUAUCUCUCAGCAUCCUUUUGAAUCUACUGGAACAGGGAAUAUCAGGUCCUCGCCACCAGCAAUCCAAGAGGACGCGCCGGUUGAAGAUGACUUUGGCCGGCCGUCAUCAGUCCUUAGGAUCAGAGACCCCACUGUCGUCACCUCACCCCACAUCCAAGAUUCUCUUCCUAUUGUGUCGCGGCGCGUACAUGAGGACCAAGAUCCUUCCAGGAUUUCUCCUGCUGAUGAUAAUGUGGAACCCUUCAUUCCCCCUCCAUUGUCGCCGUCGUCUACAGAGUCUAGAUCUUCGUCACCUAUCUUGGCUCCAUUCUCACCUCUUCCAUCGCGCCUAGCUGUUGAAGAUCGAUCACACCCAUUCUCAGACUUUGCUGAUCUUGCACCGUACCUUCGGGCGCAGGAGUACGCUGUACUCGGUAUGGACCCCAUUACCUGGGAUGUUAGUUGUCAUCCUAGCUCUGCGGCAUGGAAAUGGCCUCUUGGAGACUCGGGCUUCUAUGAUCCGGAAAGUUGGCUUAAUCAAACGCUUUUCGAGCGGGACGACACGACGGAAGUGGAAUUAUUCUAUCGAUUGCCUUCAAAUUUUAUCUAUUCAACUCAUCAUCUAUAUGACUGGUCUUGGUUUUCUGUACGCCACUUCGCGGUUCGGUCAUUGGACGCCACAAAGCCUCUGAGAGUCAAGGACCUUCUGGAAGCAAUUUACGAGGAGUUUCAGCAGGAGGUUUUCAUGAACUUUGCGAAUGACACCCUCUAUCCUCUGACGGAGGUACAAUACAUGGGUGCGUGUGAAACCUCCCGGGAUCGCAUCCGGAAUGGUGGAUACACAGGUGGGCCUCCCAAUGUGACUGUACGUCGUGUCGACUGUUUGGGAAAAAUCAACAAGUUUGCCGGAAUCCUUUACAAUGAUACUGGCAGGCUCGUCUUACAAUUCCACGGAUGAUCCUGACAAAUAGCAGAGGUGUUUCUUAACAGCAGUAUAGAGUCGGGACGUCGACCGGUAUCUUUUAGGCAUGUAUAAGUAGUAGUCUUUGUGUUGACCGUUCUCUGUGGUCCGAAAUUCGCACAUUUUUGCAACUA